UACUUUCCACUCAAUCUCCAACCAUUCUCUCAAGUUUUGAUUUGAUGGCAACCAUGGCUUCUACCUUGGCCGCUUCUUCCUCAGUAUCCAAAACCUCUUUCUUGGAUGCUCAUAAAUCCUUCUUCCAUGGAACCCCUGCCGUCUCUUCACAACCUGCAAGGUCUUUUACACAACCCCUUAAAUCCCCCAUUUCCAGAAACAUGGCUAUCUCUAUGUCCGCUUCUUCUGCUUCUGCUUCCACUCCUCCUCCUUACGAUCUCAAAAGCUUCACGUUCGAACCCAUCAAGGAGUCCAUUGUUUCUCGGGAGAUGACCAGGCGGUACAUGACGGACAUGAUCACCUACGCCGAUACCGAUGUCAUUGUUGUUGGCGCUGGAUCUGCUGGCCUCUCUUGCGCUUAUGAGCUCAGUAAGAACCCUAACGUUCAGGUGGCGAUAAUAGAGCAAUCGGUGAGCCCUGGCGGGGGGGCAUGGCUGGGCGGGCAGCUGUUUUCCGCCAUGGUGGUUCGCAAGCCGGCUCAUCUGUUCCUGGACGAGCUGGGCGUGGAGUACGACGAGCAAGACAACUACGUGGUGAUAAAGCACGCGGCGCUCUUCACGUCGACCAUCAUGAGCAAGCUUCUAAGCAGGCCGAACGUGAAGCUGUUCAACGCGGUGGCGGCGGAGGACUUGAUAGUGAAGGGCGGGAGAGUGGGCGGCGUGGUCACCAACUGGGCUCUGGUGUCCAUGAACCACGACACGCAGUCGUGCAUGGACCCCAACGUGAUGGAGGCCAAAGUGGUGGUCAGCUCCUGCGGCCACGACGGCCCCUUCGGGGCCACCGGAGUCAAGAGGCUUAAGAGCAUCGGCAUGAUUGAAAGUGUCCCCGGGAUGAAAGCUUUGGAUAUGAACACGGCGGAGGACGCAAUCGUAAGGCUGACUAGAGAAAUCGUGCCGGGGAUGAUUGUCACCGGCAUGGAGGUCGCUGAAAUCGAUGGAGCACCAAGAAUGGGACCGACGUUUGGAGCGAUGAUGGUAUCAGGGCAGAAGGCGGCGCAUUUGGCACUGAAAUCUCUAGGAAUGGCUAAUGCUAUUGAUGGUGAUGAGGUUGGAAGCAUUCACCCACAGCUCAUAAUGGCUGCGGCUGAUGAUUCAGAGGUAGUGGAUGCUUAAUUCAUUAGAAGAAACAGAGGGAGCAGAUCGAGUGGUUUUAAUUAUUAUGCUAGACUAGAUUUAAGACAUGGGUAUGUUGGUCUGCGUAAUCAAAUGAAGGACAUCAAUGAAUAAAUAUAUCCUUAAAUUUUUAGUCGGUU